GUUUGCCAGUCAGAAAUAUGCCGCCAAUCACGAGGAUGAGACUGCCCAUGACAUGGUUCAUUUCUCUGUCGAGGCCGCGGUCACCUUUGACACCGGCUCGGGUCUAGCUGCGAUUAAGCACUCAGAUGCUGGUACUGCGCUCACCGAUCCUGUGGUUGCUGCCGAAGAGAAGACCGAAUUUUCUCGCGAGAUCACUCAUUCUCCUGUGGAGGAUGCCACCGAUUAACAAGGGCUGCCUUGAACAUGGUGAGUCCGAUCCAAAUGGAGAUAAGUGCAAGACGCUUCGAGACCUGGAAUGCCACCCGGGGCAUGCCAGAGCCAAGCUUGAUAAUCCAGUCCUUGGCUGGCUUGAUAGCAUGGAAAACGUCAAGUUUUCCGAUACCUACGCCUAUUUUCCAUGCACCUGCGGCACCAAGGCCUUGAACGCUUAUCUCAAGUCUCGGUACAAGGUCGAGCCAGGCUAUGAUCCGAGCGAGUAUACACAUGAGGCACCUCAACCGUUCUUCCUGGAUGAGGACGCGCUUGAGGAAGAUCGCCAGCACAAGGCAAAGGAUGAGGCAUACUUGGGCCCUAUUCCUGAUUUUACAGAGCUUACCAAAUACACUCUUGGCUUCCGCAUGCCUCAAGGCUUCCUGCAGAUCGAGCACGAAGCUCUUCCGCCGCGCCGUGAGCACGGAUACCUGCACCGUCCUUUCACCGACCACUGCAUGGGCUGCUUUCCUACUGGCGAACAUAACGACGACUGCUCAGAAUAUAAUGCGCACAAUGCGGUGCGUGCGAUCAAGUACGACAGCUCGAGGGAGCGCGAAUAUGAGGCUGUUCAUACGAAGUGGGAUCGAGCUCAGUUCGGACGUAUCCGCAAUGCCGAAGAGCACAAGAAGAUUGGUGUGUUGAACGCACAGCACUAUGCCAGUGUCUCGUGGUACUAUGGUGGAUGGAACCCGAAAGUGACUGUUUAGUUCUCUGUUUUCCUUUGCUCUCAACAUGUUACAGUACUGGCUGCUAUUUGUUUUCCAUUGUUUAUUCAAUGUUUGCGCAAUCGGUUACGAGCAUACAACUAGCGGGAUCAGGCGUUCAAGGAAGGACGAUAUCCAAGGGCUAUUUGCAUCAUU